GGUGGGGGAGAGGGGAGGCAGCGAGCGAGAGGGCGAGGGGAGCGCGGGCGCUGAGCGGCGCUCACUUGGAGCGCGGCGAGCGAGCGAGACGAGCCUGAUCCAUGUCCCUCGCUGCCUCCCUGCCAGGCGCGCGAAGAUGAUGGCCAUGAACGCCAAGCAGCCUUUCGGCAUGCAUCCGGUGCUUCAAGAACCCAAAUUCUCCAGCCUGCACUCCGGUUCCGAGGCCAUGCGCCGAGUCUGUCUCCCAGCCCCGCAGCUGCAGGGUAAUAUAUUUGGAAGCUUUGAUGAGAGCCUGCUGGCACGCGCCGAAGCUCUGGCGGCGGUGGAUAUCGUCUCCCACGGCAAGAACCAUCCGUUCAAGCCCGACGCCACCUAUCAUACCAUGAGCAGCGUGCCCUGCACGUCCACUUCGUCCACCGUGCCCAUAUCCCACCCGGCCGCGCUCACCUCACACCCACACCACGCCGUGCACCAGGGCCUCGAGGGCGACCUGCUAGAGCACAUCUCUCCCACGCUGAGCGUGAGCGGUUUGGGCGCCCCCGAGCACUCGGUGAUGCCGGCGCAGAUCCACCCGCAUCACCUGGGCGCCAUGGGCCACCUGCACCAGGCCAUGGGCAUGAGUCACCCACACGCCGUGGCGCCUCACACCGCCAUGCCCGCGUGCCUCAGCGACGUGGAGUCGGACCCGCGAGAGCUCGAGGCCUUCGCCGAGCGCUUCAAGCAACGGCGCAUCAAGCUGGGAGUGACCCAGGCGGACGUGGGUGCGGCUCUAGCCAACCUCAAGAUCCCCGGCGUAGGCUCGCUCAGCCAGAGCACCAUUUGCAGGUUCGAGUCUCUCACUCUCUCCCACAACAACAUGAUCGCGCUCAAGCCGGUGCUCCAGGCCUGGCUGGAGGAAGCCGAGGCCGCCUAUCGAGAAAAAAACAGCAAGCCAGAGCUCUUCAACGGCAGUGAGCGGAAGCGCAAACGCACGUCCAUCGCAGCGCCGGAGAAGCGCUCGCUCGAGGCCUACUUCGCUAUUCAGCCGCGGCCCUCAUCCGAGAAGAUCGCGGCCAUUGCUGAGAAACUGGACCUUAAAAAGAACGUGGUGAGGGUCUGGUUUUGCAACCAGAGACAGAAACAGAAACGAAUGAAGUACUCGGCGGUCCACUGACUGCGGCGGGGCGCGGCGUCCGGGGCCGGGGCCGGGAGAGCGGAGUGUAUGCCACCCCCCAGAGUGUGUGUGUGGGGGGAAUGGUUAUGGGGAACUCCAAGACGUUUCCUGGCAGGUCAGGCUGUCUCCCCCGAUGCCACAGACUUUCCCCUUUAUCCUACCUGGUUGCCUCCCGGACUUCUCUUUCUCUUCUUUCCUUUCCAUUGCCACCUGAAAAGUUAUGGCGCUAAGAAAAAAAUUCCUGAAGGGCAGGCCCGGAGUGGCAGGCGCUGUCCGUGGUGCUGAAAAAUCUCCCUUGCGCGCUGGACUGCGAAACCACAGGGCAGGAGCCCCAAUGCAGGGGACAGUGAACUGGCCCCGACCACACUACUCCGGGGUGAAGGCGCCACUUUGCUAAGCGUGAUUAGACAAAGGUGAAGGGAUGGGAAGGCAGUGAUAAACACUAAUACAAAGUCUAACUGGGGCACAAACAUGUACUGGAGAUUUAUUUAGAGUAUAUAAAAUACAUGUAUGUUUCCAAAGGAUAGCCUUAUACUCCUUUCCUCUCCUAAAUUCUAUCCAUCUCAUCCUUUGGUUUGCUGUAAGUUCUCUAAGGUAGCACGGACUAGGUUCAGGGAAAGUGUGCGUGAAGUUGCGAGGUCCCAGCUGUUCUCUGCGGUAAGUCGGGCUCCCUAAAAGAUGGGCUCAAUUUUGGCGACUGAAAAUGCCGGGAUCUCAAAGCUGGUUGCAAGCAACUGCCGGCAACUGCUCUAGCGCAUCCUCCAAGAUCUGAUGGUGUUUGAGGGGGUGAUUACUGCCUGCUGGAGGGGUGGGAUUGGUAGUGUUCCGGUCGGACUGAGGACUCUCUGCCCCCAGCUCGCUCCUGCAGCCAGAUUUCCAGCGCAGCAUAGAGGCGGCUUUUCGAAAGUAAUUGUAACUUCUCUGGAUCAUAUGCAAGUCCUUCUAACACAUCUAACCUCAUUGCGAUUUUAUUAUUGUUGUUGUUGUUAGCAUUGUUAUUGGCUAUUAUUUAUUUAACUCUGCUUCUUUCCAUCCCCCUUACAUGGGUGUCUCCUGGUGGAGGUUCACUUGUGAUUUGGAGCGGAAAGAGGAGCCAGACUGCUGGCCUGGACCCUUCUCACCGCCCCUCCUCUGGCCCCACCACAUUUUAUCUUUCGUUGCUUCAUGUAAUUCGCGUGUUGCUGUGUGACCUUGGUUUUGUUCUCCAAAUAGAUACAAAUAAAACAUUAAGUUUUCUUCUCUAUUUACCCCUUGAAUUAACUCCUAAAAUAAAUGCUUUAUUUUUCAACCCGAA